GGGCGACGCAGCUGCCUAUGGGGCGAGCGGGGGCCCUCCGAACAGCUGCCGCGCUGGAGAAGUUGGUGAUAAGCGAGGCAUGUUUGGAGGCGCUCGUUGGGAAAUACAGUAACAGGAACUGAGCAGGCUGCGUGUGGGGAUAAAUAACUUGCUCGCAGCUCAUGCACACGCACGCAGACCCAGCCGGCUAGCCUGCGGGUGACACUGCUCUCGUCCUCCUGUGUCCCGCCAUGUCCUUCAGCCACCUGAAGUUCAAGGAGCUGGGAGAAGAGGAGUCCAACUCGGAUGAGGAGAGCCUGGACAGCGUGAAGGCCCUGACAGCCAAGCUGAAGCUGCAGACCAGGAGACCCUCCUACCUGGAGUGGAAGGCCAGGGUGCAGAGCCAGUCCUGGAGGAACGGGGCCAAGGAAGCCACCAUCGGCUUGCUCAAGGAAGAGCAGAGUGGAGACGUGGCUCCAGAGGGGAGUCCUGCCCAGAGGGCGUCGGGCGGUAUCUGUGGGUUUGCCACGAUGGACGAUGCUCUGGAGUGGCUCAGGAAGGAGCUGCAGGAGAUGCAGGCCGUGGACCACCAGCUGGCACGGCAGCUGAUGCAGCUGCGAGGGCAGAUCCACCGGCUGAAGGUGGAGCAGGCCUGCCACCAGCACAAGGAGAUGCUGGACGAUGCCACCUUCGGCCUGGAGGGCUGUGAGGAGGACUCGGACCUGCUCUGCAACAUCCCACCCAAAGCUGCCUUCCUCCUCUCCACGCCGCUCAAGCACAUCGGCGUCACCCGCAUGAACAUCAACUCCCGCCGCUUCUCCCUCUGCUGAGGCUGCCAGGCUCCCCCGGGCUGUUGAGGGGCACCGCCUGGCCCUGAACGUGGGCAGCUGUACCACGCAUCCCUGCAGAGAUGCUCAGGCUGAAUGUAAGAACCCAACAGGCAGGUUGGAGGGAAAACAGUGCGGGGUUGCAGUAUUGCAGGCUGCUGGCUCUGGCAUCCUGCUGCCUUGCUUGCUCCUAUUGCCCAGAGGUGCCUCAUCUCUCCUUGCUGAGUGUCCCUUGUUGAUGAUACUGCAACAGCUUGCUUGAAACCAGACCUGGCAAGACUGGGCCAGGGCUGCCCUGAUCGCCUGGGACCUGAGGCAUGGAUGGAGCUGGGGAAGUUGGACUCGCCUCACUUCUGUCUUCAGUCCUCAGCUCAAUCCCUUGCAACUGGAGGGAUGUGCGCUGCAGAGGCUGGCGGGCAGCAGGGGAGCUGAGCCCUGCCUACUCCCAUCACAUUUGGCCUAUUAUCUGCCUCCUGCUGCCCUGCGGUGGCUUUUGCCCUCUCGCUCCUCAGUCCCUGCUCCCGGGGGGUCUCUGCUGUAUGGAGCAGCAUCUCCAGGAUGCACAGAGCUCCGCAUUUGCCAUAACCCCUGAGCCUGCACAAGGUGAGCAGCCCUGCAGCCAUGUGGCGUGCACAAGGCAAGCCAACUCUUCCCAGCAGCAUGUGAUGCUGUCAUGGGAGGGGAGGAAGCAUCGCUGCUGAAGCAUCUGCGGCUGCAGUGACGCAUGCCACAUGGCUGGAGGCUGCUUGCUGAUGCUGAAAAGCAUGAGCAAACUUUCCAUGCAGCAAGAAGAGAAGGCGGUGCAAAGGCGGCUUGCCUUCUGUGUGUCACAUGUGCUAGUGGCCUCCUUGCCACCCCCAGAGCUGUCUGAUCCCAGGCUUGCACAGACAGGGCCUCCCUCCCCUGUGCCACACACCUACGUCGAAGCCCCUAGUGCCGGCCUGACUCGGCCUGGGGAUUACUUCUGAUCAAGCCAUCUAAUCCAUGUUCCCCCAGCCUUGCGCUGAGUGGGCCGGUCCCCUCCCCCUCCACCUCCACACUGCUUCUUGGUAAUGGCGGAGGAAAAAGGCGGCGAGCACCUUGGGUUUGUCACUCGCUUCCGCUACAUGCUGCUGUUUCCAUUCGGUUUUGCUGAGGCCUCAGAUGAGAGGGGUGCCGGCUCUAUGGGGAGCCAGUGAACAGCCCCACCAAAGCAGGUGCCUUUGUUUGGCCACGUGCAUGGCAGCUUCUGUGUUUCAUGUUCUCUCUGGCUUGUGUGAUGACUUACCUGCAGCUUGGGGACUUCGGUUUUGUUUUUCCUCAGCCCCGCAGGCGCUUGCAGUCCCCACCCUGACCCCUUGUUUGGGAAGCUGAUUUUUCCAGGGAACGUUCGUUCCUUUGGCUGAGAGUGAUGAACCCUGACUUGACACUUUGCCGCGGAUCUUGGAGCACGGUGCCAGAUCUGUGGAAGCUCACAGCCUCUGCUGAGGGCCGUCGACCAAAGAGGGAGGCUGCUGCUGAUGGAGGCAUGGGUUGAAAGUAGUACAGCCUGCUCCAAGACACCUGCAACUUGGGGACAGAGCUGGGAGGAGAAUCCAGGGGCCCUGUGUCCUGACCCCCUGCUCGGCUCAGACCCUUAGCGAAGGAGCUGAACCCUGAAACCCUGGCUGCAAAUUUUCAGCCCUAAGUCCCACAGCCUCUGUUAGAACAAAUUGCUGCUGGUGCAGUAAAGAAGCCUGCUAAGGAUCUUCUGGCUCCAAGCCUUCAAAGAAAAUACAGGAAGAUUGUCAGAGCUUCACAACACUGAGAUCCCACUGACCUUUUUCAAACAAAAAAGCGUUCUUAUUUUGCCUUGAAAAAUGGACUGAGUCCCUGUCCCCCCCACACCCAAUGCUUUAUCAUAAAAGCAGUCAAUAUUUUUGCCAUUUUUCAGUGUUUUUGAUGAUAAAAGAGGAUGCUAGAUUUUUUUUUUUUUUUCAUGAUCUGUGCUGGCAGAUGGGAAGUGGGUGCUGAUGGUUUUGUCGCUGCUUUCCAGUUGCAGAGAGGCUGAAAGCCUGACAUAUUCUUUGCAAAGCGAACCUGUCUUUUUUUUUGUACAGUUGCCAUAACAGCAAUAAAAAUGAUUGA